AUGCUGGCCGACGACGCGCCGCCCGACGACGCUCGCGGCGCCUUUCCCGCCCAUUCUGGCUCUGAUGGCCUCACCGUGGCCGAAAAGGUCCUGCGAGACACACAAUACCUCUACUCUCUGAUUCUGCUCGUGGCCUUCAUCUCUCUUGCCGCAUGGUAUUCCGUCUUCAACGCCAAGAAGGAAGAGGAUCUUGUCCAGCCCACCGUCAAAGGUCCUGGAGGGAAGCCCUUGCCCAUUACCAAGCGCAAGAAGCGCAGCAACGGGGAGCGUAAGAUUGGUCCGCGCUUUGGCCCGACCGCUAAGAACGUCUUUCGCUGCCUUGCUGCUGUUGUCUUCGUGAGCUAUGUGGUUACUGGUAUUACCAUGUUCGUUCAUGCCUUCUGGCACGAGAACCCUUAUAAAUGGUCAAAGGAAGGGCUUCCCUGGGCUGGCGAAUGGACAGUGGUUCAUAUCGUGGGAGCUACUUUCUUCUACCUUUACAUCCUGUUCUCGUUAUUCGACUGGCGCAAGGGCCCCAAUAUCGUCCACCUCACAAUCUGGAUUCUAAGUCUCGCUGGAGAACUCAUUCUCUUCACCACCACAGCUAUUGUUGCCGCUGGUUGUCACUUCGUGCGCGCUUCCAAGCAAGACGACCAGACCACGGAUGACAGCUGCAUUGAUUCAUGGACAAAGCUCGAUCUCGUUCUCUAUUUGGUCCGCUUGCUGACCAUAGCUGCUUCCAUCUCCCUCUUCUGCGUUGCAUGGAUUCUCAAAUCUCACGCCCCAGAUAGAGUUGAGGAAGGAUUUGGCAUCUCUGAAGCCACGCCUCUACUGCUUAAUGGGCAGACUCGAUCUUAUGACGCCAGGCAGAGCACCAGUUCUGAGACUAACGGCCGACGAUCUCGUGGUAGAACCAUUUCGAACGCACCCAAACCUACAGGAGGAUCCUAUUCUCGCAAAGAUGAACAAGCCGCCUUCUACCGACAGAAGAAGAUCCCCCACAAGACCUGGUGGGAAUAUGUCAGAGGCUACUCUCUCUUCUUCCCCUAUCUCUGGCCCAAAGACUCUACCAAGCUGCAGCUCCAGGUAAUGUUGUGCUUUGUUUUAGUCAUCAUCCAGCGAUUGGUCAACGUCUACGUUCCAUGGCAGAUCGGCAAAGUCGUCAACAAGCUAGAAGCCGUCAUCAGAAGCGGCGAUCCCAUCACCACUGAAAACUUCCCCCUCAAGGACUUCCUCAUCCUGGGUACUCUCUGGGUACUUCAAGGCCAGUCCGGUCUUCUUGGCUCCCUGAGAUCUCUCCUUUGGAUUCCUGUUUCGCAGUACUCGUACCGAGGAUUGACAGCGGCGGCCUUUAACCAUGUCCACUCUCUCAGCCUCGACUUUCACUUGUCGAAACGCACUGGCGAAGUCCUCUCUGCGCUUAACAAGGGCUCUGCAAUCAAUGCAUUUCUCGAGCAGGUGACAUUCCAGGUCAUCCCUAUGCUCUUCGACUUGUUCCUCUCUAUCUCCGUCUUCUACGUCAACUAUGGCCCUCUCUACGCUCAAUUGAAUCUGGUGGACACUUGCUGGUAUCUCUAUAUGACCAUCAAGAUGGCCGCCACUAGAGCAGAUCAACGACGAGAGAUGACCAAUGCUGAUCGUGAAGAGGAAGCGGUGAAGAACGACUCCAUCUCUAGUUAUGAGACGGUCAAGUAUUUCAACGCGGAAGAAUACGAAUCCAACCGAUAUCGUGCCAAGGUUGAGGUUUUCCAAAAGGCCGAGGCCCAGGUCCAGGUAGGCAUGGUCCUCAUGAAUAUCUGCCAGACCUUCGUUUUCAACCUGGGCAGAAUUGUCGCUGCCAUAGUGUGUGGCUGGCAAGUUAUGGUUGGCGUGCGAACUACCGGUGACUGGUUCACAGUCGUCUCUUACCUGACCCAACUUCAAGGCCCUCUCAACUUCUUCGGCUCGUUUUAUCGCACAGUCCAGCAGGCCAUGAUUUCUGGCGAGCGCCUCCUGGAGCUCUUCAAGAUCCAGCCAACCGUGGUUGAUUCUCCCAAUGCCGUCGAACUGGAAAGUUUUAGUGGACAUGUUCGAUGGAAGAAUGUGAGCUUUGCCUAUGAUGCUCGAAGACCUGCUCUACGCAACAUCAGCUUCGAAUGUGCUCCGGGAACUACAACAGCCUUUGUUGGCGAGUCUGGCGGUGGCAAGUCUACCUUGUUCCGACAUAUGUUCCGCUACUACGACUGUGACGAGGGUAGCAUCGAAUUUGAUGGCAAAGACGUUAAAGAUCUCACAAUCAGCUCGGUCCGUCGCCAUAUUGGCGUUGUGCCCCAAGAUACGACCCUUUUCAACGAGACGCUCAUGUACAACCUCAAAUAUGCCAACCCUAGAGCGAGUGACGAAGAGGUUUAUACCGCUUGCAAAGCUGCCAGUAUCCACGACCGCAUCAUGUCAUUCCCCGAUGGUUAUAACACGCAGGUUGGAGAACGCGGACUGCGACUCAGUGGCGGUGAGAAGCAGCGAGUUGCUAUCGCUCGUACUAUCCUCAAGGAUCCUAGAGUUAUCAUGCUGGAUGAGGCUACUUCUGCACUUGACUCGCACACGGAACAGGAAAUCCAGCAAAAUGUUUGCAACAUCGGUCAAGGGCGAACGUUGCUCAUUAUUGCGCACCGAUUGUCGACCAUCACCCAUGCCGAUCAAAUCAUUGUGCUGCAUGCUGGAACAAUCGUUGAACGUGGUAAUCACCAGGAUCUUCUCGCUGCUAAAGGUGUGUACUUUUCGAUGUGGCAAAAGCAAGUAACGGCAGAGCGCGCCCUGGACGUUGCUAGAGAAGCGUCUUUGCAGGCCAAGCGAGCCUUGAAAGCUGCCAAUAUGGAUGGCAAGAACAAGUCGGGCGCUCAGAUCGACGGAUAUGAGAGUCACGGGUCUACGACUGAGCUUCUUAGCGAUAACUCUCAGCCGCAUGGCAAUGGCGAGGCUCAUCCUUCGACAUCUUCUUCCGAUAAUGAAUCGACCCAUGAACAGGAGCCGCGUCGCAAAUCAGGACUAGAUUCCUAG